AUGGAGGAGGACGGAGGUAAACCAAAGGGCAAAACAACAAACAAACUAUCCACCAAUCAUUCGAGGCGAGGUGAAAGAAGACCGCAAAAUCAAGAAGAGGAUCCGCAGCGGUCGGCGCCGGUCGGGCUCAGAGGUAACGGGUCGGCACCGGUCGGGCUCAGAGGUAACGGGUCGGCGCCGGUCGGGCUCAGAGGUUACGGGUCGGCGCCGGUCGGGCUCAGAGGUUACGGGUCGGCGCCGGUCGGGCUCAGAGGUAACGGGUUGGCGCCGGUCGGGCUCAGAGGUUACGGGUCGGCGCCGGUCGGGCUCAGAGGUUACGGGUCGGCGCCGGUCGGGCUCAGAGGUAACGGGUUGGCGCCGGUCGGGCUCAGAGGUAACAGGUCGGCGCCAGUCGGGCUCAGAGGUAACGGGUCGGCGCCGGUCGGGCACAGAGGUAACGGGUCGGCGCCGGUCGGGCUCAGAGGUAACAGGUCGGCGCCAGUCGGGCUCAGAGGUAACGGGUCGGCGCCGGUCGGGCACAGAGGUAACGGGUCGGCGCCGGUCGGGCACAGAGACAGAACCAUCAGACAGAACCAUCAGGCAGGACCAUCAGGCAGGACCAUCAGGCAGACAGGACCAUCAGGCAGGACCAUCAGGCAGACAGGACCAUCAGGCAGGACCAUCAGGCAGGACCAUCAGGCAGACAGGACCAUCAGGCAGGACCAUCAGGCAGGACCAUCAGGCAGACAGGACCAUCAGGCAGGACCAUCAGGCAGACAGGACCAUCAGGCAGACAGGACCAUCAGGCAGACAGGACCAUCAGGCAGGCAGGACCAUCAGGCAGCCAGGACCAUAAGGCAAGACCAUCAGGCAGUCAGGACCAUCAGGCAGUCAGGACCAUCAGGCAGCCAGGACCAUCAGGCAGCAGGACCAUCAGACAGUCAGGACCAUCAGGCAGCAGGACCAUCAGGCAGCAGGACCAUCAGGCAGCUAGGACCAUCAGACAGUCAGGACCAUCAGGCAGCAGGACCAUCAGAGGUCAACAAGAUGGCGGCUCAAGAGCAGAGGGAGAGGAGGGAGAGGAGGGAGCAGAGAGAGAGGAGGGAGCAGAGAGAGAGGAGGGAGAGGAGGGAGAGGAGGGAGCAGAGAGAGAGGAGGGAGCAGAGAGAGAGGAGGGAGAGGAGGGAGAGGAGGGAGAGGAGGGAGCAGAGAGAGAGGAGGGAGAGGAGGGAGAGGAGGGAGAGGAGGGAGCAGAGAGAGAGGAGGGAGAGGAGGGAGAGGAGGGAGCAGAGAGAGAGGAGGGAGAGGAGGGAGCAGAGGGAGAGGAGGGAGAGGAGGGAGCAGAGGGAGAGGAGGGAGAGGAGGGAGAGGAGGGAGAGGAGGGAGCAGAGAGAGAGGAGGGAGAGGAGGGAGCAGAGGGAGAGGAGGGAGAGGAGGGAGCAGAGGGAGAGGAGGGAGAGGAGGGAGAGGAGGGAGCAGAGGGAGAGGAGGGAGAGGAGGGAGAGGAGGGAGCAGAGAGAGAGGAGGGAGCAGAGAGAGAGGAGGGAGCAGAGAGAGAGGAGGGAGAGGAGGGAGAGGAGGGAGCAGAGAGAGAGGAGGGAGCAGAGGGAGAGGAGGGAGAGGAGGGAGCAGAGAGAGAGGAGGGAGCAGAAAGAGAGGAGGGAGAGGAGGGAGAGGAGGGAGCAGAGAGAGAGGAGGGAGCAGAGAGAGAGGAGGGAGAGGAGGGAGAGGAGGGAGCAGAGAGAGAGGAGGGAGAGGAGGGAGCAGAGGGAGAGGAGGGAGCAGAGAGAGAGGAGGGAGAGGAGGGAGAGGAGGGAGCAGAGAGAGAGGAGGGGAGCAGAGGGAGAGGAGGGAGAGGAGGGGGCAGAGAGAGGGGGAGCAGAGAGAGAGGAGGGAGCAGAGAGAGAGGAGGGAGAGGAGGGAGAGGAGGGAGAGGAGGGAGAGGAGGGAGCAGAGGGAGAGGAGAGAGAGCAGAGGGAGAGGAGGGAGCAGAGGGAGAGGAGGGAGCAGAGGGAGAGGAGGGAGCAGAGGGAGAGGAGGGAGAGGAGGGAGAGGAGGGAGGAGGGAGAGAGGGAGCAGAGGGAGAGGAGGGAGCAGAGGGAGAGGAGGGAGAGGAGGGAGCAGAGGGAGAGGAGGGAGCAGAGGGAGAGGAGGGAGCAGAGAGAGAGGAGGGAGAGGAGGGAGAGGAGGGAGCAGAGGGAGAGGAGGGAGCAGAGGGAGAGGAGGGAGAGGAGGGAGAGGAGGGAGCAGAGGGAGAGGAGGGAGAGGAGGGAGCAGAGGGAGAGGAGGGAGCAGAGGGAGAGGAGGGAGCAGAGGGAGAGGAGGGAGAGGAGGGAGCAGAGGGAGAGGAGGGAGCAGAGGGAGAGGAGGGAGAGGAGGGAGAGGGAGGGAGCAGAGGGAGAGGAGGGAGCAGAGAGAGAGGAGGGAGAGGAGGGAGAGGAGGGAGCAGAGGGAGAGGAGGGAGAGGAGGGAGCAGAGGGAGAGGAGGGAGCAGAGGGAGAGGAGGGAGCAGAGAGAGAGGAGGGAGAGGAGGGAGAGGAGGGAGCAGAGGGAGAGGAGGGAGCAGAGGGAGAGGAGGGAGCAGAGAGAGAGGAGGGAGCAGAGGGAGAGGAGGGAGCAGAGGGAGAGGAGGGAGCAGAGGGAGAGGAGGGAGAGGAGGGAGCAGAGAGAGAGGAGGGAGCAGAGGGAGAGGAGGGAGCAGAGGGAGAGGAGGGAGCAGAGGGAGAGGAGGGAGCAGAGGAGAGGAGAGGAGGAGGGGAGGGGGAGCAGAGGGAGCAGAGAGAGCAGAGGGAGAGGAGGGAGCAGAAGGAGCAGAGAGAGCAGAGGGAGAGGAGGGAGCAGAAGGAGCAGAGAGAGCAGAGGGAGAGGAGGGAGCAGAAGGAGCAGAGAGAGCAGAGGGAGAGGAGGGAGCAGAAGGAGCAGAGAGAGCAGAGGGACUGA